GUAGAGUGGACGUGCUACGUCACAUCCUGUUUUCCGCCUCGUCAUCAUCUGUGUGUCUAGUGAGGGCAGUGACAGGAGGCGGGCAGUAGUUUUGUGCAAGGCCGGGGAUAUGCUGUGGUUCCAGGGCUCCAUCCCGGAGGCCAUAGCGGCCGCAAAACAGAGCAGCUCCGUGUUCGUGGUGUUCGUGGCUGGGGAAGAUGAGCAGUCGGUACAAAUGUCAGAAAGCUGGGCUAAUGAACAAGUGAUCCAGACCACCAUGGAGGGAUUUGUCGCUAUAAAGCUUGAUAGCCAGAGUGAAUCCUGUCUGCAGUUUUCUCAGAUCUAUCCUGUAGUGUGUAUCCCAUCGAGCUUCUUUAUCGGGGAGAAUGGAAUGCCAUUAGAAGUCAUCGCUGGCAGUAUUUCUGCAGAAGAACUUGUUGCAAAGAUAGCCAAAGUAAAACAGAUGCACUCAGGAAAAAAAGAUGGGUUUCUAGUAAAUGCAAAGCUUCCAGAAAGUUCGCCAGAGCCCUGUUCCGAUUCACCUUGUCCUGUUGUUCCACAUGCCAGCCCUCCAGAUAAUGCGCAGCCAGCAGGCACCGAGCAAGAGUCUUCAGCACCUACAACAGAACCUUCCACACCAGUGGAAGCACUGCUCAACGACCACGAGAGUGUAUCCCUGGAACCUGUUGCUGAGUCUGAGCAGAAUAUCCAAUCAGAGGAGGAGCUUGCAGAGAAAGUGCAAAGGGUAACACAUAAACUAGAGGAGAGACGGGAGCAGAAAAAGAAAGAAGAGAAACAGAAUGAGGUCAAGAAGGAAAUUGAUAGAAGAAAAAUGGGCAAAGAAAUGCUGGAAUACAAGCGAAAGCAGGAGGAGGACUUGGUAAAAAGGGCCCUGGAAGAGAGAAACCGAGAGAAAGCAGAAGAAAAAGCUGCUAGGGAUCGUAUUCGGCAACAGAUCGCUCAGGACCGUGCUGAUCGCGCUGCCCGUUUUGCAAAAACCAAAGAGGAACUAGAAGCAUUAAAAGUGGCAGAACUGCAGGCCCAGCAGGCUGAGAGAGAGGCCAGGAGAGAGGCAGUACAGAAGGAGAGGAGUACUGUCGCCCGGAUACAGUUCAGACUUCCUGACGGUUCUUCAUUCGUCAACCAAUUCGCAUCAGAAGCUCCUCUUGAGGACGCAAGACUGUUUGCUGCACAGACAGUCGGAAAUACUUAUGGAAACUUUUCAUUGGCAACCAUGUUUCCAAGGAGGGAAUUCACCAAAGAGGAUUAUGGAAAAUCUCUGUUGUCAUUGGAACUAGCACCCAGUGCUUCAAUAGUUCUCUUGCCAGCAGGAAGGCCAUCUCACGCUGUAGUACAGAGCUCUGAAGGCGGGGUCUGGAGUUUCCUCAGUACAAUUCUCUUUCCUCUCCUAGCAGUAUGGAGAUUUUUAAGCAACUUUCUGUUUGGUAGCCCUUCCUCUUCACAACCUGCAGAGCAAGUAGCACAUCCACAGCAUGAAAGCACAAACCCAACAGCAAGCAGCAGUUCUGAGCCAAAGAGAGACGCUGUUCGGAAAAGAGUUCUAGAAAAACGCCCAGAAGAGUUUAAAAAAGAAGGCAAAAUCUACCGUCUGAGAACUCAGGAUGACAAGGAUGAGAAUAACACAUGGAAUGGGAACUCUACUCAGCAAAUGUAGGUGGACUUAAUGCCAAAUGUACAAAAGCUUCUGAAAUCUGUCCCUACGUCUACGAAACAGGUGGGGACUCUGGUAUUGUAGCCACAUUCAUAAGAGCAUUCAGUACUUUAGUCUGCUGCAUGAAAGUAGGUUCUUACACCAGAAGUGAUUUGAUUAAUCCUCUUUAUUUACUGCGAGUGCUUUAUGUAUGGUAUCUUCUCACUGUACUAUAAACCUAUAAUAAAUACAUAUUGGAAUUUU